AUGAAAAAAUCUCUAAAAAUUUUAGUGUUUUCUUCAGGACAUGGAUAUAGUCAUAAUUUAUUUAAUGCUAAAAUUGCUGAUACAUUAUCAAAAAGUGGUCACAAUGUUACACUAAUGACAUUGGGAUUUUCUUCGUUAUCCAAAAGUAAUCUAACAAAAUAUGCAAAUUUUAUUUAUGUUCCAAUUGAAAAAAAACUUAAAAAUCAAAUUAUAAAUGGAGAAUCUCUUAAAGAUAUGUGGAUAAAAGAUGACCAUAUUCUUUUGAAACUUUUAAAAUUUCAAAGUAUUAGUAAUGAAUAUGUUGAUACAUGUAAAUAUAUUUUUGAUCAGGAUAAGAUAACAGAAAAUAUACGUCAAAUAAAUUUUGAUAUAAUGAUUUCAGAAAUUUUUUUAUUAUGUCCAUUGGUUCUUAACAAAAAUAAAGGAAAAACUGUAGAUAUUUCAAAUGUUUUUAUAAAAUCAUCAGCUAUUUUUAUUAAUUUAAUGUCAUUUUUGGAUUAUUCACUUCCUUUAACAAAUAAAAUAUACUACAUUGGAGGAAUAGCUUUACAAAAACCAAAACCAUUAAAUAAAAAUAUUAAUAAUAUUUUAAAUAUUAAAAAAUAUAAUGUUCUUUUUUCAUUUGGAUCAAUUAUAACAUUACAUUAUAUGUCACAAUAUUUAAUAGAAAAUAUUUUUAAAACAUUUUCAAAAUUACAAGAAGUUACUUUUAUUAUUAAUAUACCUAAUUUUAAUUUAACAUUAAAAAUACCAAACAAUGUUUAUGUUUAUAAAUGGAUACCACAAACUGACAUUCUUCAUGAUAAUAGAAUUAAUCUUUUUAUAACUCAUGGUGGUCAAAAUUCUAUAAAUGAAGCAAUUAGUGCUGGUAAAAGUAUGUUAGUUAUUCCUGUUUUUGGAGAUCAAGACAGAAAUACUGGAAUGAUUUUAAGAUUAAAAAUUGGAGAUUAUUUUAAUAAAUUAAAUUUAAACAAUUCAAAAUUAUUUAAAAAUAAAAUAUGGAAAAUGCUUCAAAGUAAAAAAUAUACUAAAAAUGUUAAAGAAUUAAAAAAUCUUUAUGAAAAAUCACCAUUUAAAAGUAAUGAAAUUGUUGUUAAAGUAACAGAAUAUGCUGAUUGUUUAAAAUCUAUUAUGAAUAAAAUUUGGCUAUUUUUUAUUUUAACAAUUAUUUUAAUUGUUGCUACAAAUAUUCAUUGUUCUGAACAUGAAAGAAAAAAACGCCAAUAUGGAUAUGUUCAAUAUUAUCCCGAUGAUUGCUAUAAUAUUGUAUAUCAACCAGAAUAUGUUCCAGUAAUACCAUGUUAA